AUGACCAACGGGGUGUUCACAGCGGGAGGCACUCCCCUUGCAGCCCCAGCACGAGUCGGAGUCAUGUCAGCACAAGAGGCGAGAGCUGCCAUGCCGCCUCCACCACGGCCGGACCCAAAUCGUGGGCUACCAACAAUGCUCAAGGAUUUCACUCUCCGUACUCGCGGACCCCCGAGCCACUACUUCAAUGGCACACUGCUUCCCACCGACAUGUCCGGCGCAAGUGGUGUGCAGUUCCACAGCAACAAGGAUGUCGAAGCGGACCAGGUCUGGCCAGGCAAGAUUAUCUGGGCACCAAAUCAUGCCACAGCAUUGGAUCCCAGUGCCUAUUACAAAGCUGGCGAUGCAAUGAACCCCAAUUUCGGAUUCAUCGACAACGCCGUAAUAUGCUCGAAAAGAAGGCCAAUGAUUGUGCUCUGGUCCUAUCCUUGGGCUUUGUUCGCAUUGCCGUGUGGCACAAAGGGUCACACCGGCCUUAGCAAAGUCUCAAACGAUGAGGUCUGGCGAAGUUACCUCUGUGUCAGAGACAGCAGGAUACAGCAAGAUGCGUUCCAAGACGAUGGCGUUGCUAAGGCUGUGGUGGCACACAUGAGAGAAAGUGCUAAUGUCCUCGACCAGUUCACAGUUGUUGACGUUACGAACGCACAGAUUGUCAAUCUGAAGGACAAGAUCCAGUUGGGCGGGCAUCUAGACUGGGAAGAUACUGUUCGGCUGACAACGCUGUGGCAUGAGUACACAAAGCAAGCCAUGUCACGUGGGAACAUGGACAGGAAGGCAGCGAAGGUGCCCUAG